CGGGGGCCGCGGCCGGGGCCGUUCCAGUGACUACGCUAGUCGGUUUGACCUCGAGCGAUGUUUUGAGCAGAUUGUGAAGCAGGACAAGGACGGGCUGUUCGCCAAGCCGGUCACGGAUGAGGUGGCGCCCGGGUACUCCGAGGUCAUCAAGAACCCAAUAGACCUGUCAUCCAUUCGGCAGAAGCUGCACAAUGGGGAGUACGACACAUGGGCGGGUCUUGAGGCCGACCUGCUGCUCAUGACCACCAACGCCAAGACCUACAACCCCGAGGGCAGCAACGCCUGGUGGCACGCCGACCUCAUGGAGAAGAUGACGGCCAAGUACAUCAGCUGCGGCCGGGCGGGGCUACAGAACUACCGGGGCGUGGCGGCGUCGGUGUGGCGGGACCUGCGCAAGCCGGCGGAGGGGGCAAGUGCCAUUCCGCUGCUCCCACGCUACACCUCUGCGGGUCCCCGGCUCGAUAAGAACGGCAACGAGCGCGACCCCGCAGAGCGCCGGCGCCAGCAGCAGGAGGCGCACGCGGAGACCGCAUCUCUCAUGCUAGAGUCCAGGCUGCGGGAGCGGCGUCCCGGGCCCGGAGCCCUGCGGGACGAUGUGCUGGCCUGGGG